UCAAGGAUUGUACAAACUAUCAGAAUGGAGAAGUACAGUCAAAUGACUGAGAAGAUAUUAAAUCUCACCUUGGAGAUCAUCUACCUGCUGACCGGAGAGGAUUAUGGACCCGUGAAAAAGCCAGCCAAAAAUAAUACCCUCAGCAGCAGAAAGAGCCCCAUCAAGGAUCAUCAGCCUCACUCACGAAUAAAUACGAGUAAAAAUGAGCAGAAGAUUCUCAAGUUCACCAAUAGAAUCAUUGAACUGCUGACUGGAGAGGUUCCUAUAAGGAGUCAGGAUGUCACUGUCUAUUUCUCCAUGAAGGAGUGGGAGUAUUUAGAAGAACACAAGGAUCUGUAUAAGGAAGUCAUUAUGGCAAAUCACCAACAAAUCAGAUUAACAGAAGACAAUGCCAUGGAAGAAAAACCCAUCACUGCAUAUAUACUCCCAGACAAUAUAUCAACUGUUCCUCCUGAACCCAAGGAAUCUUCUCUUGGUAGUUCAGAUACUGUCUCACAUUUUACAGCUAAAAGAUGUACCGCAAUAAGAAAAACGAUUCAGGUGGAUCAAAUCCUAAUUUAA